AAAAUGGAAAUGGCCUGAGGUGGUACUGUGUUCCUCGACGGCGUAUGAAUCAAUGGGAGUUUGGAGCGACGGAAGAUUGCAAAUCCUGAUUCAUGCUAUCCUAUCAGCAUGGCUUCUGAUCCGACGAGUCGAAUCGGAGCCGAGUCAUCAAGACAAGCAAGCUCUCCUCGCCUUUAUCUCGCAAGUCCCCCAUGCCGAUCGCCUCGAGUGGAACGAGUCAGACUCGCCGUGCAACUGGGUCGGCGUGUACUGUGACCCCACCAAAUCCUACGUGGCCGAACUACAUCUCCCUGGUAUAGGCCUUCUGGGGUCCAUCCCAGCCAACACACUCGGAAACCUAACUCAGCUCCGAGUCAUUAGUAUCCGAUCCAACGGCCUCUCCGGUACACUCCCCUCCGACUUCUCGAAUCUCAAAAAUCUUCGGAGUCUUUACGUUCAAAAAAACAAGCUCUCCGGUGAGUUCCCACCGAGUUUGCCUCAUUUAACUGGUUUAACUCGUCUAGACCUUUCUACUAAUAGUUUUACAGGUGAAAUCCCUCCCUCGAUCAAUAAUCUCACUAGAUUGACCGGAUUGUUCAUGGCGAACAAUAAAUUUUCGGGGGCGAUACCGAGCUUAAAAUUAGAAAAUUUAGUCGACUUGAACGUGUCGAAUAAUAAAUUCAAUGGUCCGAUUCCAACGACAUUACAGAAAUAUCCUCAAUCUGCAUUUUCCGGUAAUAUUGAUCUUUGUGGAGGUCCGUUAACAAAAUGUAAACCUAAUAUUUCGGCCCCUUCAGAUUUCGCAUCAUCAACACAUGACAGUCCGGAGUCCGAAAUUAAACCGAAGAAGAUGUCCAUAGGCUUGAUAAUUGCGAUUGCAGGCGGUUCAGCUGUAGUUGUGAUACUUCUUUUUAUACUUGUUUCGAUUAUUUGUAUGAUGAAGAGAAAGCAUGAUAGUGAUGAAGCCACGGAGCGUCGCGAAGCAGCCUCCGCAAGGCUAUCUGCGGAGGCUGUGGGAACUUCAGGGGAUGGAGGGUCAAAGAGGAAUAAAUUGAUAUUUUUUGACAAUGAUGGAGCAGUGCGCAAGUUUGAGUUGGAUGAAUUAUUGAGGGCUUCUGCGGAGAUGUUGGGGAAAGGAAGCUAUGGAGCCUCGUACAAAGCGGAGAUAGAUGAUGAGACGGUGGUGGCAGUGAAGAGAUUGAAAGAUGCGACGGUGAGUGAGAAAGAUUUUGAAGAGCAAGUUGAGGUUUUGGGGACAAUAAGUCACGAGAAUGUAGUGCCACUCAGAGGCUUCUACUAUGCUCAAAAUGAAAGGCUCCUUGUUUAUGAUUAUAUGCCUGCUGGAAGCUGCUCUAUGCUUCUUCAUGGAAGCAGAGGAUCAGGCAACGAACCACCGAACUGGGAAACCCGUGUAAGAAUCGCAACAGGCGCCGCAAGGGGGCUGGCUCAUCUCCACUCCUUCGGCAAAAUAGUCCACGGCAACUUAAAAUCCUCCAACAUUCUCCUCACCAGCGACAAAGACCCCGAAGCCACAAUCAUCGACUACGGCCUCAGCACAUUCUUCUCCAACGACUCCCCCCACCCCGACCACCACCGAGCCGGAGGGUACCGGGCUCCAGAAGUCCUGGAAACCCGAAAAGCGACGCUAAAAUCAGAUGUAUACAGUUUCGGAGUGCUGCUGCUAGAACUCAUCACAGGAAAAUCGCCUUGUCAGCAGACAUCAACAGGGGAGGAAGGCAUAGACUUGCCACGGUGGGUCCAGUCAGUGGUUAAAGAGGACUGGGCUUCAGAAGUGUUUGAUAUAGAGUUAAUGAAGUACGAGGAUGUGGAAGAAGAGAUGGCGAAGCUGCUGCAGAUAGCCAUGACUUGCGUCGCCACCGUGCCCAAUCAACGACCGGCGAUGUUGGACGUGGUUAGGUUGAUUGAGGAUACUGUCGGAAGCGGGGACCCACCUAUCACUAUCAUCCCAUGAUUAGUUUAGUUUUAGCUUUUUUUAUAGAUUUUGGUGAAAAUUGAUUAAAUUUGUGCUCUGUUUUUUCUGAAUUACGGUCUCGUCUCUCUUUGAGUUAUCUUUCUAUUAAUGUAUUUUCAGGUGAGUGACAACAAAUUUGGAAUAUAAAUUUUAA